AUGACUAUGGGAGAUGCUGCACGCCCAAGUGAUGAUAAAUUCAGCCGGACCCUUGAGGAGAGUCUCACGACAUGGUCUUCCUAUCUCGAUGCCCAGAGCGAUGAUCAUCUACUGCCCCGGCAUGCCAUAGACCUGAGACCUCUCGUCAGUCAAACACCACCUUUCCUCGGCGGUGGCCCUACUACCCUGAACAAAACCACUUCGUUCGCUUGCGAGGAGAAGAACUCAACACAGAUAACAGGCAAUCUUGUCGUCAAUGGCCGAUCAACUUGGAGAACUUCAAAAGGGAAUUGUGAUUCACAGCCAAGGGUCAUACCUAAGCAACUUCUAUUAGCAGUUGGCAGUCGAUUAAAUGUGAGGUUGGCAGACGACUCCCCCUUUUCAGACUGGCCCGGAGUUCAGGAACUCUCAAGUUAUGACAAGGGAAACUAUUUGUCAGUCCUUUACUUUGCAUGGGCAUAUAUCAUAUCUGCUCGAUGGGUUGAGUUGCUUAGUCGCUCUGCUGAUCAUGAAUGUUAUAUGGCCUGUACUACGCAGGGGGCGGGGAUUUCAAUGCCGCGGUCGGAUAAGGAAUCAGUGGUUGAAGUUGACAUCGGCGACGAUGCUUGUGAAGAAGAAGUCUUCUGGUGGCACACCAUUUUAUGUUCUGGCGACGGCUGGGAUGCGUCGGUGAAGUACAAUGGCCGUAUCUAUUUGUCGCCGUGGUCUGUGUCGGCGAAGAACGUGGGCUUCACCCUGGCUAAAAAUGGGCUUUCGAGUGCCGAGUCAAACCUGCCGGAAUCGGCGACCGCUCUUAAAUACCUAUCUCGUUUCUGUGUGCACCAUCGCCUAUACGCUCAGUGCUCAGUUGCCCUUGCGGGGGUACUCUGCAUUCCAUUUCUGAGGAAGAGAACAGUUUCUCUCCCGUUUCCAAAACAAAAUUCUCGAGUGAGAAAAAAGGAGAGAACUUGUGAAUCUUCUGUUUCUAUCCCAGAUCUUCUCAACGAACACAACGAAUUGCUCCCCAAGUACAUGACUUUAAGUUCCAAUACGUGGGGUUUGCGCUCUCUCCUGUGCAGCACAUUUUUCAAUGCAGAUAUCGAGUGUAAUCUCGUCAGUGCCUGGCUAAAUCCGGCUUUUGCUGUUAUUGACUCGAUCCACCAAAGGAAAAUUUCAGUGGCUGCAUUACUGGCAAACCGACAGCCUCGACUUGGGAUCCUCUGGCUUGGUGCGAUCCUCACGGACCUAGCGGACUCCGUCUUGCGUGACAUACGAACAGGAAUGACGGCUCUGGAUCUUACAGCUUCCGCCUGGGCGGGAACAACACAGACGUUCUUGACUUCAAAAAUGGGGAAUAAUCAUGGCGAAUUAAUACGCCGCGAUGACGAAUGCCGGCUGCUUUUCAUUACAGCCUGCGAAGGCCAUGAUCGACCUCCAAUCUGGCCUUGGAAGCCCUUUGGGUUUACACAACUUGGUGAUACAGAGCUUCCGGUCCGACAGCAUGCUCGAUGUGCCACUCACUGCUUAGAAUACGAAUAUUGGGAAUGGAUUUUGACAAACAACAACUCAAUUCGAUACUCCGAAGCAGGAAAUGGCCAACCUCCUGUCCAGGCAUCAACUUCAUCCACCGACAGGACAUUGGCUAGGCUUGAUGAUUAUAACUAUGAUUUCUAUUCACAGGCCCUUUCUGAAGGAGCCACGCGUGGAAUAUUUGAAUGGUUAAGAUCGACAGGGUACCCUCGCAGCGAAAGACCGAUAUACCAACAUUCUUGGUUGGAUUUAGAAGGCACCGACGAAGAAGAGCCCGACGAAGCGGAUUCCGACUUGGAAACACAGCGGGGCCCAAAGAAAAUGCAUGUUGAAAGGUGGCUAGAAAGCAUCGAAUAG